GCCCGCCAUUCACCCCCACGCCCGCCCGCAUCACCACCAUGGCCCUCCGCGACUUCGGGGCCCGCCUGGGCUCAUCGCUGCGGCGAGACGUCCGCCCCUGUCUCCGCGUCGCCCGCCCCGUCGCCUACCGCUGCGCCUCCAGCGAGGCCGAUGCGCUCCAAGAGCUCGAGGACGCAUCUUCCUUCGCCGCCCAGGUGCCCGACGGCGAGAUCAUCAAGACCUGGGACCCCGCCGAAAACGCCCGGAAGAGGGGCAAGACCCUGCCCGCCAGCAGAUACAAGUUCCGCUCUCCCAAGUACUUCUAUGGCCCUCUCCACCCGCAUCAACCCCCUCCAGAGGCCGACCCUACUUCGCGUCUCUUCACUCCCGGGCCUUUCUCCGCGCCGCGCCUCGAACAGACAUGGGAAAGCACCAUCGCACCCGAUCUUAUGACGCUGGCGUACCAGCACUUCCCGCCUGGAACGAGGCAAGCAGUAAAAGGACAGCGGUUACGAGAAUGGAUUGGCGAUUCGCCCUACUUCAAGAAUCGUCCGCUGAGAGGGCCUCGCGGUAGCAGCGUCCUGCGUCUUCUCAGGAAGACGAUGACGUUCAGGAAUGUUCCCAAGAUCACGGGUGUGACGGUCCACACUAUGGUCCCCAAAGCGCAAGAUGAUUCGGCCCAUCUUCAUGUCGCCGGCAUGGUUCUCCAGGCUAUUACGAACGCCCGUGUUACGGCGCACACGGCCCGGACAAGCGUGGCCAUGUGGGGCCUGCGUGAGGGCAAAUACGUGGCUGUCAAGGCAUCGCUCAAGGGAGAGGAUGCGUUUGACUUUUUGGGCAAGACGAUUGAUUUGAUCUUGCCCCGCAUCAAGGAGUGGCCCGGCGUGAAGGGUAGCUCGGGUGACAACAGCGGCAACAUUGCGUUUGGUUUGGAACCCGAGGCCGUCGCUUCGUACCCGGAGAUCGAGAUUAACUAUGACGCGUAUCCCCCGAAAAUGAUUCCCGGUUGCCAUAUCAUUGUCCACACCUCGGCAACGACUGACAGAGAGGCGCGGCUUUUGUUGAACGCAACUGGUUUGCCUUUCUACGGCAAACACGCCAACUAAAAGUGGCGAGAAGGCGGGUUGUAAAAAUAGUGUAUUUAAAGCAGGAGCGCAAUGUUGCAAUGCAAUUCUUUUAGCCCUGGUGACUGUCAACAGUCGAGACUGGUUGCAACAUUUGAGCCUCGGACAAUGGACUGUUUGUCGGCCAGGUUUUGCGUAGCCAGAGAAACGUUAGGUAUGUCGACG